UCAUUUUUAGAAUUCUUCCUACAUGAUCAUUUUUCCUUGAUAUCAGCAUUAAUUUCUGAACAUAAAAAAGCAGAGGUAACCCAGCACCAUGGCUCUGUGGGACACAGAGUUUGGAGUGAAGGGCAGCAGCAUCAUCAAGGAGUGGAGCGGUCAGGUCCAGCCGGCUCUCGUCGCCUCCUUCAUCUUCCUGUUCUGCCUGGAAGCCUGCCUGUGGGUCAGGAACCUCAGGCACAAGAGGAGGCUGCCUGGCCCCUUCCCCUGGCCAGUGGUGGGUAACGCCAUGCAGCUGGGGCAAAUGCCCCACAUCACUUUCUCCAAACUGGCCAAAAAGUACGGUAAUGUGUACCAGAUUCGACUCGGCUGCAACGACAUUGUAGUGCUGAACGGAGACACUGCGAUCCGCCAGGCACUGAUCCAACAUAGCACUGAGUUUGCAGGGCGACCAAAUUUCAUCUCUUUUCAGAUGAUUUCUGGAGGCAAAAGCAUGACAUUCAGCAACUACAGCAAACAGUGGAAGAAGCAUCGCAGAAUUGCUCAGUCCACCAUCAGAGCUUUCUCUUCAGCAAACAGCCAGACCAAGAGAGCAUUUGAGCAGCAUAUUGUUGGAGAAGCUUUGGAUCUUGUUCAGACUUUCCUGAGACUCAGUGCAGAUGGACGGUAUUUCAACCCCUCUCAUGAACUGACAGUUGCUGCUGCUAAUGUGAUCUGUGCCCUCUGCUUUGGGAAGCGUUAUGGACAUGAUGACUUAGAGUUCAGAACUCUCCUGAGUAGAGUGGACAAAUUUGGAGAGACAGUAGGUGCCGGCAGUCUUGUGGACGUCAUGCCAUGGCUACAGUCUUUCCCAAACCCAGUGCGCAGCAUCUACCAAAAUUUCAAAGAGCUGAAUGAGGAGUUUUUCACCUUUGUGAAAGACAAGGUGAUCCAGCACAGAGAAACAUACAACCCUGAGGUAACCCGAGACAUGAGCGAUGCCAUAAUUGGUGUUAUUGAACAUGGAGAAGAAAAUGAACUGUCUAAAGACUUUGUUGAAGGAACUGUUACAGACCUUAUUGGUGCUGGACAAGACACAAUGUCAACAGUCCUGCAGUGGAUCCUGCUGCUGUUGGUCAAAUACCCUCACAUCCAAGCCAAACUCCAAGAGCAAAUUGACAAAGUUGUGGGACGAGACAGGCUUCCAUCCAUGGAGGACAAGAGCAGCCUGGCUUACCUCGAUGCCUUCAUCUACGAGACCAUGCGCUUCACCAGCUUUGUGCCCGUCACCAUUCCCCACUCCACCACCUCAGAUGUCACCAUCCAGGGUGUCCACAUCCCCAAGGACACUGUGGUGUUCAUCAACCAGUGGUCCGUCAACCACGACCCUCAGAAAUGGAAGGACCCCCAUGUCUUCAACCCCUCCAGGUUCUUGGAUGAAAAUGGCGCCCUUGACAAGGACCUGACCAGCAGCGUCAUGAUCUUCUCCAUAGGGAAGCGAAGAUGCAUCGGUGACCAGAUUGCCAAGGUUGAAAUAUUUCUGUUCUCUGCCAUCUUGCUGCACCAGUGCAGCUUUGAGAGCAACCCCUCCCAGGAAAUAAGCUUGGACUGCUCCUAUGGCUUAACACUGAAACCUUUACACCACUCGAUCUCCGCAAAGCUCAGGGGAAAGUUUCUAGGCUUAGUCUCACCAGCAUGAAAAGCUAGGAAUUGUCUUACUCCAAUCUAGUGACUCAAGGCCAGAAAAGACUGUAAAUUUGCCAGAGACAAACUGAUGCCAUUUAACAGUAAGUAUUAACAAAUGGUUUAACCCUUGGUCAAGAUGAACCUGCACUGAACACCAUUGUUAAGAUUUCAUAUUUAAUAUUUAAUUCUUAUUCAAACACAAUUUAUGAAGUUUAUUUUUGUAAAAAGGUAGUUAAGAGUUGCUUCACAGCAAAGAUUUAGUAAAAAAUGGAAAGAUUGUGCUGUUAGGGGGGUGAGAUCCAAUUUGUGCAGGGGGGGGGGGGGCAUUAUCUGUGAAGUGUGAUACUGUACUAUCAAUCAGUGAAGUUUCAGGGCUUCUCAAAAUGGUUCUAUAAACAUGUUCACCAUGCCACCGUGAAGAAUAAUUUUGAUUUUUCAUAAGUAUUGUGUUGAGUGUACUUUAU